AUGAGUGCCAAUAAUCCAUACAGAGCUCUUAGUGACGCUGAUGCAGCUGUUAAUUAUGAAGAGGAGGAGGCACGGGAAUGGAGACAACAACCCUCUACUAGCAGAAGUAGAAGAGAAAACAGAUAUGAUGAUGGAAACUCUCAGUAUAAGGAUGAUUCAGGUGGUGCUAAAAGGACUCCUGAUGAAGUAUGGCUGCUUCCACCUAACGUUCGUCCUGUUGUAAUUCUUGGUGAAAGAGGAGACAACUUGAAACGUAUACAAGAUUCUACAAAUACUCAUAUGAUAUUUAAUAGUAAAACCUCGCAAAUUGAAAUGUGGGGAAAAAGAGACGAUUUAAAACAAGCUCUUAAGCAAUGGAAUAAUCUGGCAGAAAAUAUACUUGAAAAUAUACUUGCGGCACUAACCGAGAAACAAAAACUUAAACAACAACUUAAAAAAGACCGUGAAAAGGAGGAGAAAGGUUAUCGAGGAUUUCCUCCUAAACAUAAACCUUUCUAUGGAAUUUUUCUUCUUCCUAAUACUGACAUACCAACUUCAAUAAUUGUUGAUGAAAAUGAAAAAAGUGCAGCAUUAGACCCAAUUCGUGUUAAGACUAAAUGUUAUAUAUGGAAUGAAAUUAAUUAUAUAAAAGUUGCUGGUAAUACCUUAGAGUCUGUCGAAGAUGCAACUAUGAGAAUUAAACAUAUCUAUAUUAAAACUAGUGCACUUCGGAGUAUACCCCAACUUAAAAACGAAGAUGAUGGAAAAAUCGAAUUCAAAGGAUGGAUUUAUCAUUUAGUUGAAGAACCAAAGUUUCCAUAUUUGGUUAAAAUAUCAGACAAACCCCCAUGGCUUCCUGCUCCAUAUGAUACCAAAGAUGUAAAAAUUUUUGAGCCUGUUAUUGAUGGUAAUCCUGAAGAAUUAAUUUUAAAUGACAAAUCCAAAUAUGACACCAGUAUUUUAGAAGUUGUUCGUAACUCAAAUCCUAUAAUGAUUGAAGAUGCUCUUAAACAAGCUUUAGGAACUGUUCAUUUAUUUGAUGAAAAAAUUAAAAUGCGUAUUAGAUUUGGAUAUGUUUGUCUUACGGAUUUUCCAAAGGAGCCUUUAUGGAAUUUUGAAAGAUUACAUAAUAAAGUUUUGCUUGAUUCUCGCUUAAAGUCCAAGUUUAGCACAUGUAUUACAGAUAUCGAGGGGAUUAAACAAUUCUGUGCUGCUCUAGAUGAGUUUAAGAUUUGCGCUACUCGCGCUCCGUUAAAACGUGAUGAUCAAACUUGGGGUUGUUCAUUUGAUGUCCAAUUUAAAGGUGGUAAAGAUGGUAAAAUUGGAUUAUGGAGUGCAGUAACUGAUGAAAAAAAAGUAAUGGAAAUUAAUAUGAUAUGUUUGGAUAAUGAUUAUUCAUGGCGUUUAGCUGUUGAAGCUGCUAGACAUCUUUCUAAUGAUAAAUUUUCUCCACAAGGAAUAUUUGUGACAAGAUAUGAAUAUUGGAAAUGUAGUAAAUUUGCAAAUAUUUCAGCUGGUGUAGAAAUUACUAUGGAUAAAGAAGAACCAGUUAGUGUUACAUAUGGAGUCACGUUUUAUAAAAAAUCUUGGGACGAUGAUUUUGCUUAUAAUACUGCUUUGGAUAUUGGAGAGAUUCCUGAAUGGCAUCCUAAUGAUAUAAUUUAUGAUCAAAAAAUUGGUGGUAUUAAAGGUUUAAUCGAUGAAAUUCGAAAUUUCUUGGAUCAGUUACAACACAAUAUUCCAGCACCUCAAUUGAAAUCUAUUAAAGGCAAAAAUGUUAAAAAUGCCCAAAUACAAAUGAAAGAAAGCAAAGGAAGUACUAUUGGAAAUAAAUAUGAACUAUCAUCAAUUAUACAGUUGGCUAGUGGAACAUUCCAUUCAAGGUUAGAAGCUGAUAUAUCUCUUAAACCUAGAGCCAAUUGUUGGGCAAAACAGGAACAAAAUUCUAUUUCUCUUGAAGUUAAUCCUAAUAAUAUUUUGAAUCAUAAAUCGACAGAAGAAAAGAAAUUAGAUGAUUUUCUGAAUCGAGUGACGAAAGAAAAGGAUAUUACAGCUGAGGCUCAAAGUACCAUUAUUGCGGGCAAUGAACCUACGUUCUCUUCCGAAAUAGCAGAAGCUAGUGCAACAGUGCUAAAAUCUCCCUAUAACCAAAGAGUAGAACAAGACAGGGAUGAUCUGACUCUGGGUUCUGCACCAUACUUAGCUCACUUAUUUGAUAAGGCUAAACAAACUGGUCAGAAAGAAAUUUUACAUUGGUAUUAUUAUAGUGAGGAAUUCGAAAAAAAGGUUAUAGAUAUUAGUUCAAAAAACAAUAUUAAUGAUCAAAUGGCAAAAACACAGAUUUAUGAUGAAAUGGGACCAUAUCUUCCUGGUGUUAAGAGAGAAUAUUUGUGUAAGAUGACCCAAAAAGCUAAAAACAUUUAUACAUUAUUUAAAGGGAUAGGGAUAGAUAAAAUCAAACACAUUACGUAUAGCGCUGAUGCAAUUUCUAAACUAACAGUUGCACAAAUUCAAAAUAUUAUAAAUCGUUUCCCUAAAAAGAGCACACACGUGAUCGAAUCAUCAAUCUUUAAGAUUGUGUAUCUACUUUACCUGCAAUAA